AUGUACCGAUCAGUCAAUCGACACCCAAUCGCUCGUUGGGUUGCAUCAGCACGUCGCUCUUCCCCCAAUGUCAGCGCUCAUCGACGCACCUUGUCUGCUACAAGAACAAUGACAACUCACAUUCGCCACAAAGCUGCUACCACUGCUCCUAGUGUUGUCAACUCCAACUUGGCUCGUGUUGGUGCCAUGCAAUGGCUUCCUCGAUCGCGUUCUCUUGCCACAGUGACUCAAGACAUCAAGCCAUACAAAAAGUCUCCCUUCGUGCAGUGGAAGUUGUUUCCAGAUUUUGAGACCUUGCUCACCCAGUGCAAGCCCGAGGUGGCCGUACCUGCUUUUGAACAACUUAUCAACUCGGUGCGUGAUGAAUUCCUUCAACUCGAGAAACAAUUUGAACCUACAUGGGAUGGAACGAUUGGAAAGUUAUCUGCCCUUGAGGAUGAAUUGGGACGGGCUUAUGGCAUUCUCUCGCAUUUGAAUGGUGUCAAAAACUCCCCUGAAUUGCGUGAAUCUCUUGAAAAGAUCCAGCCCCAAGUGGUGAAACUUGGUCUUUUGAUGAAUCAAUCCGUACCAAAGUACAAUGCCCUUAACGCCUUGAGAGAAUCGGAUGAAUGGAACAAGCUUGACAAGGUCCAGCAGCGUAUUGUCGACAAGGCGAUUCGUAGUAUGAAGAAUGCCGGCAUUGGUUUUCCAGAGAAUUCUCCCGAGAAGAAGCAAUUCAAUGAGAUCUCAGAGCGUCUGUCACAACUUUCACUCAAGUUCAACAACAAUGUGCUCGAUGGUACCAAGGCUUACAAGCGUGUGGUCAAAGACAAGGCUGAAUUGGAAGGAUGCUCCGAUGCAUUUUUGGCUACUCUUAAAGCCAAUGGUGAACGACUUGGCGAAGAUGGCUACUGUAUUACAUUGGAUUAUCCCAUUUAUGGUCCGUUCAUGAUGAAUUGCAGCAACCGUGCUCUACGUGAGGAGGUGUAUCGAGCCAACAUCACCAAGGCCUCGACUGCAGAGAUGAACAAUGAGCCCGUUAUCAAUGAGAUUCUUGAUUUGAGACAAAAGAAGGCCGAGUUGUUAGGUUACAAGUCGCAUGCGGAUCUAUCCCUUUCAGUCAAGAUGGCAGAGAGCGUGUCAACAGCCGAACAACUCUUGGACAAUUUGUUUACGUCGUCUAUUGCACGUGCACGCGAUGAAGUCAAGGCAUUGGAACAAUUUGCUGCUGAGACUUUGCAACAACAAGGACCUCUUGCACCAUGGGAUACGGGCUAUGUCUCUGAACAAUAUCGCAAGGCUUUAUUCAAGUUUGACGAAGAGACCAUUUCCGAGUACUUUGCAUUCCCCAAGGUGUUACAAGGAUUAUUCGACGUGGCAAAUGAGGUGCUGGGUAUUCAAGUACAGGAACUGGCCCCUGAUGAGAUGACCAAUUUGGGAAUCACCCGUUGGCAUGAGGAUGUCAAGGUUUUCAAGGUAUCCGAAAACGGGGAGGUGAAGGCCUACUUUUAUGGCGACUUUUAUUCCAGACCUUCGGAAAAGAGAAGCGGUGCAUGGAUGGACACUGUCACUACGCGAACCAAACACUCGAAUGGCGAGGUCACUUUACCUGUUGCAUACUUGAUCUGUAAUCAGCCGUCGCCCCGUUCCCCACAAGAACCUUCCUUGAUGAAAUUCCGAGAUGUGGAGACCUUGUUCCAUGAAUUUGGUCAUUGUCUACAACAUAUGAUGACCCGUGUAGACUACCCCGAUGCAUCUGGUGUCAAUGGUAUCGAGUGGGAUUUUGUCGAGGUGGCAUCACAGUUUAUGGAGAACUUUUGCAGCGAACCUGAAUGGCUUGAGCGUUUGUCGGGUCAUUACAAAACAGGCAACCCUAUGCCAAAAGAUAUGAUUGAUGCACUUGUCAAGAAUCGUGAGUUCCUAAGUGGUAUGGCGAUGUUGCGUCAGCUUCAUUUCUCCAAAGUGGACAUGACCCUGCAUUCGAGCUUCAAGCCGCCUCAGUCUGCUGAUGAGCCUACUGUGUUUGACAUUGAUGCCGAUAUUGCACGCGAAACUACCUUGAUUCCACGUUUGCCCGAAGAUCGAUUCCUUUGCAGUUUUAUGCAUAUCUUUGGAGGUGCUUAUAGUGCUGGUUACUACAGCUACAAGUGGUCGGAAACAUACUCUGCCGAUGCAUACGCAGCAUUUGAGGAGGCUGGUGCAAAGGGUGGCAAGCAAGCUAUUGCUGAAAUUGGAUCACGCUAUCGUGACACUGUAUUGGCGCUUGGAGGCGGUACUCCCCCUAAAGAAGUGUGGAAGCAGUUUAGAGGUCGUGAAGAUGUAGAUGUCCGUGCUUUACUACGCCAUACUGGCUUGUUAACUGUAUAA